UGUCAUCUCGACUACCUACACAUCUUCUCCUCCCUAUUUAUAUAUUCCCGUUCCCCCCUCCCUUUCUUCCCAAAAUAACCCAAAGCUAGCUCCUUCCUCUUCCCAGAAUACCCACCAAAUUAACUUAAUUUCCUUUCGAUUGAUAUGGCUACCAACAGACCCGUCGAAUUCGAAGACUAUCUCCCGACGAUGGCCGAAAAGCUCGGGGAAGAGGGCCUGAUGGCGGAGCUCUGUAACGGGUUCCGGCUGCUGAUGGACCCGGGCUCGGGCCUGAUCACGUUCGAGAGCUUGAAGAGGAACUCGGCCCUGCUGGGCCUGGGCGGGCUGAGCGACGAGGAGCUGAGGGGGAUGGUGAGGGAGGGGGAUAUGGAUGGGGACGGAGGCCUCAACGAGAUGGAGUUCUGCGUUCUGAUGGUGAGGUUGAGCCCGGAGUUGAUGGACGAGGCUCUGCAUCAGGUCGCGGAGGAUGGGUUCUUGUCGUAGCUUUUGUAAUUUUGUGAAUUUUCUUCUUCUUCUUCUUCUUCUUAAAAUGAGACGAUCGAACACCUGGCGUGUGGAGAUUGUUGUUCUAAUUAAUUGGUGUUUGUUUUUAGUUUCUAUGCGCAUAGAAUGAGGAUCUUAACUCG